CCUUCAUGCAAUCCAUUACUGGCACAGGAAGGUGAUCUAAUCUGAAGACUGUUUCCCUGAGAAGCACAAUCUCUCAGCCUGACCUACCCCAGAGGGCUGUUGUGAGGAGACGCUGCACGCUCAGCCUUGAUCUAAGUGAAAGAAAGUUUUCAUCAUGGGGGACAUGAAAACUCCGGAUUUUGAUGACUUGCUGGCUGCUUUUGACAUUCCUGACCCGACCAGCCUGGAUGCCAAGGAAGCCAUUCAGAACACUGGCGAAGAGAAUGAAAACCAUCUCAAGCAGUCCGGAAUUUGCAUUGAUGAAAACGCAUCCUUGUCCCACACAGCACCAGCUUCUGAUGUUCCAGUUGUGAGCGUCAUUGUGAAAAACACUUGUCGUCAAGAGUCAUUUGAGGCUGAGAAGGAAGGCAACCACCUAGGACCAGGCCUGUUGCACAAUGGCUUCCGUGGUUCCGAUCUACCCCUUGAGAGUCAUAAUUAUGGGAAAUUUGAUUCUGCUUUCAUCAAUGGUGAUGGCUUGAGGAGUUAUCCAGAAAAGCUGGAACAGUCAAAGUCAGAACCGCUACCAACAUUCAGUCAGUUCAGUCCUAUCUCCAGCCCUGAGCCAGAGGAUGCACUUAAAGAGAACAAUAACAGUAUUGUAGAUAAACCCAAACAUACCCAAACUCCUUAUUUCCCACCCCACCCAAUGUAUAUUCCAUCCGGGUCAUCGGUGUUAGAUCUGCUGAGUAGGACCUUACCAGAAUCAGAGUUCAGUCGAUUUAUGUCCACUGGACCAUCGCUGCUAGAUCUCCUUAGUAAGAAGCUACCGGAACCAGAGUUAAGUAUGUUUGAUCAGUACUGCAAAAGGGACCCAAAGAUAGAUGUGCACGGGCUGCAGGAAAAUAGGGCAGACGCAAGCAGGAGAGAACGGGACAAGAGCCCCGAGAAGCGUGAAACAUCUAGCAAAGAUCUUGUGGAUACAAACAGCUUCCCUGGGGAAGGUUUGCCAUCGGGCAACCUCCAUAGCAAUAACGUGGGAGAAAGCAAAGGGGCUGUGCCUGAGAUGAGCUUCUCUUCAUCGUCAGUCCCACCUCGGCAGCGUAUCAAACCGGCUCACUCCAAACUGUCGUCCUGUGUUGCUGCGCUCGUAGCUCUUCAGGCCAAAAAGGUUGCAGGUAUCUCGAAGGAGGAUCAGGCAAACGUGGCUAAAGAGCCUUCUGGCUCCUUUAAGGACAGCGUCAAGGGGAGCCCCAAAAUGCCCAAGUCACCAAAGAGCCCCAAAAGUCCCCUUGAGAUGGUGAGGAAGGUCAGCAAGCAGCCUGAGUCUCCUCGCAGUGUGUGUAGUGACACCAGUAGCAAAGGUUCUCCUUCGGUGGCAACCGGAUCUCCCCCGGCCAUCCCCAAAGUCAGGAUCAAGACCAUCAAAACCUCUUCUGGUGAGAUCAAGAGAAUGGUCACGCGGAUCCUGCCAGAAGCCGACGAUUUUGGCAAAUCGCCUGAGGAAUCUCCUGCGGAGAACUCGGCGACGGAAGAGCUGCUUAAAUCCUCCCCUUCACCAGAACCAGGCACUUCCAUGGAAACGGAGCCAUGCAAGGGUUUUGCUAAAGCUGCUACUCCAGAGGUGAACCUCGCCAGCCCCCAAGCCGACGGCAUGAUGGUAGACGUGCCUGUUAAUAGCAACCCUGGUGCAUCUUUGCAGCCCAACAGCGGCAGUGGGGCAGUAAAAGUAGCCGUUGCGGGACAGCAGUUAAAUAAGAAGCAGCAACAGCAGCCAGGUCUGGCGGCCCAGGCCUCCAACCCGGCCAGCCUCCUUCCGAAAGCUGUGCACCUGGCCAAUCUUAACUUGGUGCCCCACAGUGUUGCCGCUUCUGUGGCCGCAAAAUCAUCCGUGCAGCGGCGUGGCCAGUCCCAGCUUCCGCAGAUGUCGGUGCCUCUUGUACACCAGGUCAAGAAAGCCGCUCCUCUUGUGGUGGAAGCAUUUAACAAAGUGUUGCAUGGUGCCAACCCUGUGCCAAUUUAUACUCCAAACCUCAGCCCUCCUCUUGACAGCAGUAUUCAUGUCCCUGCCUCUGGGUAUUGUUGCCUGGAAUGUGGCGACUCGUUUGCCUUAGAAAAAAGCCUCACUCAACAUUACAGCAGGCGGAGCGUCCACAUUGAAGUCAUGUGUACUCAGUGUUCGGCCACGUUGCUUUUCUUCAACAAGUGUAGCUUGCUCAAGCAUGCAAGGGAUCACAAGAGCAAAGGCCUCAUCAUGCAGUGUUCUCAGCUGUUCAUGAAACCCAUUUCCUUAGACCAAAUGUUUUCGCCUUCCCCAACAAGCUCGUCGCCGUCAAUGUCUUCAACCUCUCAGAACAUACGUGUGUCCUCGCUUUCGCAUAAGACUUGCACUACCCCCGGAAGCGGGACUGGCAGUUCAGCAAACGCUCAGCCAGCUCUGCCCCUGUACAAGGACCCAUUGAGGCUAAUUCGCCAUGGAUUAAAGUGUUUUGAAUGUAAUAAGCAGGCACUGGACUAUGUUGCCCUAGCAGCACAUUAUCAGAGAACCUCAGAAGAUAAUGAUGGGCUGACCUGUCAAGUGUGCCAGAUGCUGCUGCCGAACAAGUGCAGUUACUGUGCUCAUCAAAGAAUUCACGCUCACCGAUCCCCCUAUUGCUGCCCGGAGUGCGGCGCCAUUUGCCAGUCGGCCUAUUUCCAAACCCACGUCAAAGAGAAUUGUCUGCAUUACUCCCGCAAAGUUGGCUACAGGUGCACUCACUGUGGGGUUGUCUUCAUGUCACAAGCGAUGCUGAAAGUGCACAUUCAUGAGAAACACUGUGAAGUCUUCCACAAGUGUUCAUUCUGUCCGAUGGCCUUCAAGUCUGCAGACAGCACCACUGCUCAUAUCACUAGUCAGCAUCCUGCAGAACCUCACAAGACAUCUCAGGUGAUCUACAAAUGUUCUUGUGAGACGGUCUUUAAUAAGAAGAGGCUUCUUCAGGAGCACUUCCAGCAAAAUGCCAAAAGGCUGAUGGUGGGAGUAUUCAAGUGUCCGCAUUGUCAGCUAGUGUAUAUGCAGAAGCUUCAGUUAAUGCAGCAUGUGAAGAGUGUCCACGGAGUCCCGGAAAAUCCUGAGAAUCUCACUAGCAUCCGACAGAAGGCAGAGUCGGCAACAAGCAGUAACCUGCCAGCAUCAAAGGAGCCCUCGGUCAUCAAUGGUACUUCCCAGACUUCUUUGCCUGCAAAAGAGACAAACCCAGAAUCAAAGCCCAAACCAAAACAUUGUAGUUGGACCUGUCGGGAGUGUUCACAGUGGAUCCCUGACCGAGAAACCUAUGUGUCUCAUAUGAAGAAAAGCCAUGGAAAGAAUGUGAAGCGAUAUCCCUGUCGGCAGUGUGAGCGAUCGUUCAGCGCCACCAAUAAUCUCCGGAAACACAUUCGCAAUAAUCACGACACAACGAAGAAAGUUUACACUUGCUGGUACUGCACAGAUGAAGUUCAGACAUUUCCUCAGCUGUCUAUGCUGGAGAGCCACAUCAGCCUCAUGCAUGGUAUCAAAAACCCAGAUCUUUCCCAGAUAUCCAAAACCAAAGCUCCAGCAGAAGACCUAUCAAAGGCAAAAUCUCCAAAGAGGGUAACUGCAGAAGGUUUGGACCAGACAGAAACAACAACAACAACAUCAGAAUCUGAAGAUCCACCAGCAAAAAAACUGAAGGCGGCACAUUGGAAAUGUGCAAAGUGCGGCUUUGCGACAGCCAGCGAGACUGAAUUCCUGGCACACAUACCUCGACACAAGACGGACAGUUCCACUUACCAGUGCCUGCUGUGUGGUUUAUGUUACACAUCUCACAUCUCUCUCAAUCGGCAUCUCUUUAUUGUACAUAAAAUAAAAGAUCCAGAGGAGGGGGAGGAGGAAGAGGAGGAACCCGAAGAAGAGGAGGAAAAAGAGGGAGCGGAAAUGGAGACGAACGAGAAAAGACUGGCAGAGCCUAACACCAAGACGAACAUUACGGAUGGAGAAGACAGUAGUGCAAAGAGCAAAGACUCUGAGAGUAAUCUCCUGUCCUGUAACGCAGAGAAACUCAGUUCUCAGGCCAAACAUGCAAAGUCUCCGAAUAUUUAAGAUUUGUCUCUCCUAAGCUGUCGGUUGGAGGGGCCGGGGCAGUCUUAAACAUGCUGUUGAUUUCGUGGAAUGGGGUGCUGCAUUCCACACGCUUCAGCUGGUAAGGGAAAUCCCAAACAAGCAAACUAACCUGUAGCACUGAAUAUGUCACAGAUGUGAGAGGGGGAAAAAGAGAUUGUGUGGUGAAGACGUCCAGUUAAACCAUGUCUGAACCUCCAGGGUAAGAAACACUUUUUGGCAUCCCCCCCUUCUUUUACUUUUCUUCCCCCAAACAACAGGAGCCCUUGUGUAUCACUCAAGACCCCAGCCAGCCCUUUAACCUCAUAUUCCCCCCUUUGCAUAAAGAGUAUUGCUGCUGGCUUUUGUUUUCUCGAUUCUCAAGAUUCUUCGUCCGAGUCUAGCAAGUAUUCAGUAGGAUUCCCAUAUCCGCUGAGGAUUGGUUCCAAGUUUCCCUUUGGAUACAGAAAACCAUAAAUAAUAGUGAACACUCUAUAUAUUUUCCCCUUUGCCUUGCUCUAUAUAGAGAGAGAGCAAGGUAAAGGGUGAAAAAGAACAGAAAAAAUAUUUUCACAUGCAUUAUCAGAACUGGCCACUAGAGUGCACCAGACACCAUGCUAUGCAUUUUUCCCUAGCAAGCAUUCAUAGCAUGGUCUCUUCAACCCCCUAGUGGCCAGUUCUGUUAAUAGAUAUUUUUCUGG